CCUGCCUGCGCAAUCAGUUCACAACUUCACGAUCCAUCAUAAUUCCCACCCCCUCUGUUUGCUCUCUGCCUCCCUUCUCUCUCUUCCUUUUCCAGUUCCUCGUAUUCCUUCAUUUUCAACCUUUUCAAUCACUACAUUCAAAUGUUAUGCGUCUGAUUCUCUCUCACUCACUAAAAAAACGUCCCUAAAAUUUGAUUUUCGGAUGUUCAAUUUGAUGUAGAAUGUGGUUUAGAUGCUACAAGAGGAUGUUGGCGAGCCCUAGACUGAGUUGGUGGUGUUGAUGGGUUUAGGAAGCUUCGGAUGAGAGGGGUUUUCGAUCUUUCAGUAUGAGUGCACUCAAGAACGAUUUCGUUUUUGCAGAGUUUUAGGUUUCUUAAUCACUUGGGCAUACAGUCCUCGGAUGGCGCUAUGUUCCAACUGAAGUUUCUGAAACUUAUGUACAUACUAAAGAGGGGGUAUCAAUGGUAGCAAUCAGAGCAGCUUUGAACAUAGAACAUGGUGGUGUUAAAGACUUCUAUGUAUGCUCUCUAUCCUCAAGAGUUGAAGUUUGCAAUUCAAAUGCAGAAUGGAGCAAUAAUCUUGGACAAAAUAUUGAAGGAAAUCUUCAAGUUGAGAUCUUCCAUUGCUCUUCUUCAACUAUACAGUGUACAACUAACGUAUCACAAUUUCCGGCCCCCGAAAGAAAAAGUUUCAAGACCCACUACUCAGGGUGGCAUUGUGUGUUUGUUUCUGUGCACUUGUGUAAGCAAUGAUAUGGCUUUCUUUGUUUACCUAUUUGUGCGGGCAUCAAAUUUACCAACUAUAGAGAUGUAUGAAAAGAAAAAGAAGCAUCGCCAGCUCAAAACUGUUAUUUGUGGGAGGUGUCGUCUUCUUUCACACGGACAUAUGAUAACUGCUGUUGGUGGACAUGGAGGUUAUGCUGGAGGAAAGCAAUUUGUUACCGCUGAGGAGCUACGUGAUAAGCUCUCUCACUUGCGCCAUGAGAAAGCAUUGAUUGUUAAAUUGUUAGUAACAAACCCUUCCCGGGAAUUUCAGCUCAGGGGGAUGCGGUGGAUCUGCUUCUUUAGAGUAUUGAUCUGGCCCCACGGGAGUGAGAAGAGGUGGGUGGGAGCUUAUGACAAGACCUUAUCUACCAACUCGGGUUUUUGUUAUCUACCAGGCUACCAUGGUGGAUACUCUAGCUCAGGUAUUGUACUUGGUUCAAUGAGAAGGCUUAUCUGACUCUCAGGAAACCUGGGAACCGGCUGAAGAGUUUGAGAAACAUCAUCCAACAUUUACAAUUAGUUUUGUCUGUGAUUCGUUGUUGUUGUUUGUAGUCCUAUGUUGUUAAACUUGAGGACAAGCUUUCUUUAAAAAUGAAGGAUUGUAAUAGGAGGUUUAAACUGUUAAGCUUUUGGCGCAAUUCUAGGGAAUUACUCCCAAGUUAGAUAACAGUUAAGUUGUUUUAAUCAGGAAAAGCAGGCAAUUGUAAGUUUGGUCCAUUUAUGUUCAAAUCUUUUGUAAUUAGUUUCUGAAUAUUAACAAAAAUCCUCUAUCUCUACAUUUUUGUUUCUCUUUCUCUGCAAUACAAAAGUUCAUCUUCUAUUUUCUUUCA